GGACGAAAGCAGUGCGGUAAAGGGUUUUACACACGCCACACAGAAUAUUUUCACCUCGAGUAAACUUAUUGAACUUUCACUGUAUUCUCCGAAUGUGGCAAGGUGUGUCGGUCUACACUUAAUUUUGGUAUAUAAGAUCACACAUUUUCAGCGCAGAAGACACAACCAAUCCAAGCAAACAGACAGAACAACAUGAAAUUCCUAGUGAUCUUCGUUGCCGCAUUCGCCUGCGCACACGCCGUGAACUUGCCAUACAUCAUCUCCAAUUCGAACGAUUCCAGUGAGGAGGAAUAUCGCGUCCUUGUGCCGGCCAAAGGACAAACUACGCUGAACUUAGCCGGUGUCGGUGUCGUCAAUCCACCCGUCGUAGAAGCGGUGAAAGUGAAAGUGCCACGUUUACUCAGUCCAGAUGUCAAGCAACAAAUUAUCAAACAAACUUUAAGAGCACGCGGUUAUGGAUCAAUUUUGACAGACGCCAGCGCUACUGUAGCUCAGAAAGCUUAACAACGUCCAGUGGCUGUGACACACGCGAACGCUGAGGUCGACUGGGCCGUCUAAAAGUGUCGCUAGCACUUUUUGCCUUCGUGAUAAAAAAUGUGAAGUUGUUGUCAGCUAUUAUGGACGACCUAAGUAAGUCGUCGUGCCUGCAGUAGUACCAGUUCUGUCUCUAAAUCAAAUUAAUUAUUAAAACAAGUCUUUUAAACUUUUUUUCGAAGAAUUAUCAUAGCUUCUACUUUUUUAUAUAAAUAUUAUGACAUAUUCAAAUUUAAGAAUUUU